UCAAAGCUAGCUGCAGAAAUGGCUGUGACAGCAAUUGAAGAAGAAGUUUAUGCGGAUAAAAUUAAACUAGAUGUAUCAUUAUCAGAAGAACGAUAAUAGCAUUGUGCAUAUAGAUGAACCGUACUAAAUAGUUCCAAUAGUUCUGCAAACCACUACAGCAAUUGGUCAACUGUGAGAUAUCAUUUGCAGUGAACCAACAAAUAGCUACUUUGCCUUGUGUCAUCGUGGAGAAGCGGAAGAAGAAGAAGAAGAAGAAAAACCAACAACUCAGCUCGAAGCUCCAAGACCCACAGUGCUUAGGUGUGGUUUUGUUUUGUCGAAAUAUAGGGACGUUCUUAUCGGCAAAGAAUUCCUGCGCUUACGAGACGGAUGGCCUGUUUCUAACAGUCAGAUUAGGAAAAUAACGGUAUUAUCCCCAAAAAUAUCGGACUAAACGUUAUCCAUCGUGUUCGUGUGUGCAUCCAGCAGUAAAUAAAAGGGUCCAAAAAUGACCGGACGACUUCCAGCUUGUGUGAUUGAUGUAGGAACUGGGUACACGAAACUUGGGUUUGCAGCGAACAAGGAACCACAGUUCAUCAUCCCUUCCGCUAUUGCGAUCAAAGAGUCGGCCAAAGUAGGCGAUCAAAGUGCACGCCGUGUGACCAAAGGAGUCGAGGACUUGGAUUUCUACAUCGGCGAUGAAGCGUUCGAUGCGACUGGAUACUCGGUGAAGUACCCCGUUCGCCAUGGGCUGGUCGAAGAUUGGGACCUGAUGGAGCGGUUUCUGGAGCAGUGCAUUUUCAAAUAUCUUCGCGCGGAACCGGAGGACCACCACUUUCUGCUUACCGAGCCGCCACUAAACACGCCGGAAAACCGGGAGUACACUGCCGAAAUCAUGUUCGAAACGUUUAACGUACCGGGGCUGUACAUUGCGGUGCAGGCGGUGCUCGCACUGGCGGCCAGCUGGGCAUCGCGCCCGGUCGAGGAGCGGACGCUGACCGGCAUUGUGGUGGACAGCGGUGACGGCGUCACGCACGUCAUUCCCGUAGCGGAGGGGUACGUGAUCGGAUCGUGCAUCAAACACAUUCCUAUUGCGGGGCGCAACAUUACCUCGUUCAUUCAGAGCUUGCUGCGCGAGCGCGAGGUGGGCAUUCCGCCCGAGCAGAGCCUGGAGACGGCCAAAGCGAUCAAGGAACGGUACAGCUACAUCUGUCCGGACAUUGCGAAAGAGUUUGCCAAGUACGAUGCGGAACCGACCAAGUGGAUGCGCCACUACGAGGGCAUCAAUGCAAUCACGAAGCAGCCGUUCGGUGUGGACGUCGGGUACGAGCGGUUCCUGGGGCCGGAAAUUUUCUUCCAUCCCGAGUUUUCCAACCCCGACUUCACGACACCGCUGUCGGAAAUCGUAGACACGGUCAUACAGAACUGCCCAAUCGAUGUGCGAAGACCGCUGUACAACAAUAUCGUGCUGAGCGGUGGAUCGACAAUGUUCCGUGAUUUUGGACGUCGUCUGCAACGUGACAUUAAGCGAAGUGUCGAUGCUCGUCUGAGAAUUAGUGAAAAUUUAAGCGAAGGAAGAAUAAAGCCAAAACCAAUUGAUGUGUCGGUGAUAUCGCAUCAUAUGCAACGAUACGCUGUCUGGUUCGGAGGUAGCAUGCUGGCUUCCACGGUAAGCGCUAAUUCGAAAAAUGUGGGUGUGUCGCAAAAAAAGGUGACUAAUUAUUAUGUUUUGUGCUCUUCUCUCUCAUCCAGCCCGAAUUCUAUCAAGUGUGUCACACAAAAGCUGCCUACGAAGAGUACGGGCCUGGUAUAUGCCGCCAUAAUCCAGUCUUUGGAACCAUGACAUAAAGCAAAGCGGAUGUUUACCGAAAACAUUGACGUUGGAGUGAAUCGUGCCCAUCCAAUGCAACGCGUCAGGUUCGGUAUCUUAAACGAAUGGUGAGAAAAUUGAACAAACUGCUAAAUAGAAACGACUUGAAGUCUUUUCUAAAAAAAAACCACACAUACAUUAUUUACCAAAAGUAAUCCCCAUUAAAAAUCGUUACGUUCGUUUGCUUCCACAGCAAACCGGUAAACUAGAAGUGUAAGGCCGCGAUUAGGAAGCAUUUCAAACGUUUUGUAUUUUUUUAUACUUUAUACAUACAGUUCCAUUCGUUAGGCAAUUGCGCAAUCGUUCCCCGCCAAUUCAUUUCUCUUCUUUGCUCGUAUGCAUGCAGGUCCGUAAUUUUAUCAACAGCUAAAAAGAAAACAAUGAAAAACUGCUUCUAUCAUAACAGUAUGAAAUAAAACGACGGUUCGAAACAUUAAACAACUACAUUGCAACGAGUAUUAUCGGAGCAGAUGGAAUGCAUGCAUGCAACUUGGAAGUAUCGAAAUAAACUGCAUUUUUUUUUUGUUAAUUUUCCAAAUCAUCAUUUUUAGAUACGGCUGAGCGUUAUCGGUACCCAAUUAAAAGUAUUAAAAUAAAUUUCCAAACUAUCUUUCAUUUGAAGAGAAAUAAAGCAAUAGCGUACGUAAAACUGUA